GUGGAUGUCCAAGGCGCGGCGGGCGUGCCGCAUCCAUGUGGUCGUGAAUGCCGUUAUGCGCGGCGUGGAGCUGACGGCCCCGAACGCAGCCAAGGCGCAGCCGGAGGCCAAGCGGUGGGCGGCCAGGGGGUGGCUGGCUGAUCACGGCCUUCGGCUUUUCGCGCCCGUCGGCGGCGACCUAACUGUCGACCUUGGAGACAUGCCCCUGGAGGCGGAGCAG